UUUUUAGGAAAGACAUAUCUUUCUUUGCUUUCGUGCUGUAUAUAGUUCAAAAUCAUUAUUAAAAUACAUGAUGUACUAUACAAUGUCAUAUAAGAAAACUAUAAGAGCAAAGUUUUAUGUUGCAAGGCAGGACUUUUUGCCUGAAAGACAAAAAUCCGGGUAUCAAACGUAAAGCUGUGCGUCACUCUGACGUUUUCCUGGCGGGGAAAUGUAAACUUUUACAGAGCUCGAGGAUCAAACAAUGCCAUGGUUAUCACAUUUCCUAAUAUAUACCCGUGUUUUGAGACAUUGCGGACAAUCGUAAAGAAUAAACGCUCUCUAAACAUUGGCGGACAGCAGAAAUAACAGAGAAAAUGACUGGAUAAAGGUUGUGUUCGUGAUAAGCGGUAACUAGGCGGCCGGCUACGUUAUUUUUGCUGCGUGUAUAGUUAGCCAAAUUAAACCAAGAUGAAUUAUUCAAAGGAAAUUAAACAGUUACAAAAGGCCAAAAACAAGGCCCAGUUUAACAACAAUGUAAAAGAAGAAGCUAACAUCUGCAAUCAGCUCGGAGAGCUGCUGUCCAGGACUGGUGAUUAUAAGGCAGCCAUCAAGGAACACCAACAGGAGCUGUCUCUGUCCGAGGCCCUGGGUGAUGUGAUCGGACGGGCUGUGGCUCACCGUAAGAUAGGAGAGUGCUAUGCAGAGAUGGGAAACAUCGAGUCUGCUUUGAGACAUCAGCACUGUCACCUGGACUUGGCUCGUUCCGUUAAAGACGACGCCGAAGAACAAAGAGCUCUGGCCACCAUUGGUCGAACGUACCUCUUCCGUUACGAGUCCGACCAGUCGAAGAGCAGUUUGAAGAAAGCACAGGAUGCUUUCAAGAGYAGCUUGGCCAUUGUGGAUGAGCGUCUAGGCGGGACGGUGUCUGAGAAAGAGAUCAAGGAGAUGAAGGCUCGACUCUUCCUCAAUCUUGGGCUAGUCUACGAUCACCUCGGGGAACCCAAGCUCUGCAUCGAGUUUUUCAGACGUUGUGUUUAUAUUGCUGAGAAGUGCCAGCUGCUAGAGGAUCUCUACCGUGCAAACUUUAACUUCGGCAACAUCUACUUCCGCAACGGAGAACCGUCAAACGCUGUCCGCUGCCUGGAGCAGGCCAAAGAGUGCGCCAGGAAAAUGAAAGACAAAUUCGCUGAGAGUGAAUGCUUCCACUGCAUCGGCAAGGUGCAGCUGUCUCUGGGGGACUUUGUAGCAGCUAGACGGUCUCUAAAAAAGGCUCUCCUGUUAGGAUCCCAGCAGCCAGCAGACAGAAUGGCAGUGAAGAAAGUGUUCAAAUAUGCUGACCAGGGCUGUAAAUUGGAGGAAGAGUUGGGGGAAGAUCGUUGUAAAAGUCUCAACUCCCACCAAGCUGUGGAGCUCUUAGAGCACCUGGGGGAUCUCUACUGUAAAGUUGGCUGCUACAGCAAAGCCUUGGAUGCUUAUCAGGCUCAGCUGAAGGGRGCUGAAGCGUUGGGGAAGCCUGCGCGCGAGCUGGCCGUCAUCCACGUGUCCCUGGCUGCGACGUACACAGACCUGAGGCAGCACGGCGAGGCUGUGGAGCACUACAGGAAGGAGCUGGCUUUACGACAGGGCAGCUCUGCUGAGGAGUGCAGCACGUGGCUGAACAUCGCAGCAGCUCAGGAGGAGAGUGGCUGUCCUGCUGAGGACAUAGAAAGUAGCUAUAGGACAGCUUUACGCUGUGCUCAGACAUCUGGGGAGGCCAAACUGCAGAAACGGGUGCUGAGACUCUGGCUGGCCUUCCAGAGGCGCAGCGGCUCGUCCACUGCAGACGACACCGAGGCUCGGCUGCACGAGGUGUGUGCCCCAAAGGGCUGGAACCCACAGGGCAGUGAUGGUGAGGAGGAUGAAGAGGAGGAGAUGGACGACAGCGAGCCUCUGGUUGACAGUGAUGUCGUUCUCUCAGACUCAGAUGAUGAUUUGGAGGGUUACGACAAGCUGGUGUCAGGAAGAAGAAAAACAGGAAGGUGGAAUAAAAGGAACGAAAAGGGAGAGACGUCUCUGCACAGAGCGUGCAUUGAUGGAAACCUGCGACAGGUCCAAUAUCUGGUGGAACAGGGUCACCCGGUGAACCCCAGGGACUACUGUGGCUGGACUCCUCUCCACGAGGCCUGCAACCACGGUCAUUAUGAUGUCGUCGCCUUGCUGUUGGAGCGCGGCGCUAACGUCAACGACCCCGGCGGGCCCCUGUGUGAGGGGGUGACUCCUCUGCACGACGCCCUGGCUUGUGGCAACUUAAGGGUCGCGAGGCUGUUGGUGGAACGGGGGGCUUCUGUCACGCUCCGCAACUCCAAGGGUGAUACUCCCAUGGACACGCUGCGUCAGUGGCAGAGGACGUAUCGCAGAGAGCUGGACGAGGACACCAGACAGGAGUGUGUCCUCACAGAGGAACUGCUGAGGAAGGCUCUGGCAGGAGGAGUUCCUGCUGCUCCGGCUGCAGCCGAGCCUUUCGAUGCCCUGCAGGACAGCCAGCUGUUUGACGCGGAGAACUCUGAGAUGCUGUCGUCCACCGGAGGGGGCUGUUCCUCCAGUCAAGCGUGGCCCGGACGCUGUGGGGGCUCACAGGGGAGACCCACCAGCCCUAAACUUCGCGAGACAAACGCCUCCUCGCAGAGGCGCAGAGCCAGAGGAUCAGAAGCUGCCGUUCUGUACGGGACUAACAGCAGCAGCUCAGAGGACAGUGACUCUGACGGUCCGGUCAGCCCUCUCCGUCCUGUCCGGCCCAGACCAGCUUUCCCAGCAGCCCCGAGUCAAAACAAGGAGCCCGCUGCGACCCCCGGCUCGAGCCGAGAGGGCCCCAGGGAGACCCCCACGUCUUCUGUGUUCGAACGAGAAGAGUACCACAGCGCCAUCCGUGGCUUAGGCAGCGCCAAGACCCGUCUCCAGGGCGUCUCGCAGCCUCAGCUCUCCAGCACCCCCGCUGUUCCAUCCAGCAGUAAACCGGCUCUGGUUCCGGAGGACGAGUAUCUGGCUGACGACUGGCUGGACGAUGAUUUGGGGGAAAUGCAGCCAAAGAAAAAGAAGAUUCGAGUGGAAAAUAAUGAAUCCCGAAGGGAGGAGGCUGCAAAAAGUCAAACCAGGCAGUUCAACUCAGACACGUCCCGCAGAGGCCCUGCAGGGAGCUCGUCCUCAGGGGGGUUCUCUCAGAGGAAGAACGGCUCGCUGAGGCCUCACCAGGUGAAAAUAACUCAGACGCCAGGUACGGUGAGGUUAGGCAGGCGAGAGGUCAGCAGGUUGCGCAGUCCCACCGUCGCAGACGAUGACGACACGAGACCGGACACGCCUCCACACGUGCACUUUCAGCCUUCAUCUCAGGCGCCGGUGGCUCCCAUGCCCACGUCUCUUCCUCCGCCGAUAAGGAUGAGGGUCAGAGUGCAGGAAGAUGUGUUCCUCAUCCCGGUUCCACAAAGCGAGGCGGACUCCUGCACCGUGCUGUGGCUGUGUGAGCAGGCAGCWCAGCGUUACUACCAGAAGUGUGGCCUCCUGCCUCGUCUGUCGCUGCAGAAGGAGGGAGCUCUGCUGUCUCCGCAGGACCUGCUGCUGUCUGUGCUGCACACCAAUGAAGAGGUUCUCGCCGAAGUUUGCUCCUGGGAUCUCCCCCCUCUCCCUGAGCGCUACAAGAAGGCAUGUCAGAGUCUGGCCGUGGAGGAGAACAAACGCGUCACCCGYCUGUGCGAGUUGCAGGACGGGAGCUCCUCCCUGUCGGUUUGCGGCCUUAGUUUAGCCCCCUCCUCCCUCAGCCCGCUCCUGCGCGCCCUCAAGCUGCAGCCCAGCCUCACCGAGCUGCGCGUCUCCGGCAACCGGCUCUCAGACGACCUUUUCCCCGAACUGGUGGCCAUGACCAUCACCAUGCCUCGACUUCGGCUGCUGGACGUGUCGGCCAAUUCCAUCACGGGGGACGGUCUGGAGACGGCUGUGAACGCUCUGAAGGGACGGAGUAGUCCCGCCUUCCCGCAUCUGGAGGAACUCGACCUCAGCGUGAACCCUCUGGGGGACUCCGUGUCCGAGUCGUUGUCCUGUCUUCUGUCCUGCUGUCCUCUGCUGUCCAAGCUGUCUCUGCAGGCUUGUGGUCUCACCGCUCGUUUCCUUCAGCAGCAUCGCCUGCUGCUCGCCAGCGCUCUGACAGGACUGGGCCACCUGAAAUCAGUGUCUCUAUCCCACAAUGCACUGGGCUCUACUGGUUUUGAGCUGGUUCUGAAAACUCUGCCCCUCCACUGUCUCACACACCUGGACCUUUCCGCUGUCUGGAGAGGUCCUACUGAUCACCUGGCGCUGGAGCACCUCACCAAGAUCUUGUCACAGGAGGAGUGUUCUCUGACCCACCUGAGUCUGGCAUCAAACGGACUGACGGACAGCAGCGUCACUGUCUUGUCCAGGUGCCUGCCUUUAUGUUUGACUCUGGUGAGUCUGAACCUGUCAGGAAACCCGUCUGUGACCUCGGCCGGACUCCAAAGCAUCCUGACGUCCACGAGAGAAGCUUCCCGAUCACUGACGCUUUUAAACCUUCAGGGGUGUCAGGUGUCCGGCCCGUGGGACCAUGGGGCGCUGGAUGGUCUGUCAGGGCUGGUCAAGGACCUCCGUCUUUGCUCUCAGAGUCUGAACAAACUGGACCGAGACGCCUUGAAGCAGAGCUGGCACACGGGUCACUCAGACGCACACUUCCUAGACCGAAACGCUAAGUUCCUGCUCUCCGCUGCCACCCCGUCAUGACGAUGAAGCGGCCAUUGUUUUACCCUCACCAACACACAGUUUGGUGCCACGUUUUGUAUUAAAGGUGAUGUUGGAUUUAAGUGACAGAAAGCUCAAUAAAGAGCAUCCUCUGUAAAUAACUCGUAGAUUUUUAUCAUGUCUGUUUUAAUAUCCCACUGUAUAACUGUGAUUUUAAUUAAAACAAUUUAAUAGUCAGAAUGGAGUUUCUGACCUUCGUCUUUGAUUAAAGGACUGUUUAUUUUUG